AUGUCAGUGGAGACAGCAUGCGAGCACACCUACCUAGCACACUCUAGUGAAGGGGAAGCCUCUGGAGAUGGGCCCGCUGCGAGGUUGACAAGAAUUGGUGGUUGGGUUUUGUAUGUCACCGCCAGGUCGACCGCCUUUGGGAAAGAGAUCAGGCCGAUAUCAAAACAACACAGAUCUGGGGUCAAGCCAUUCAGCAUGAUUCCAGACAUCCUCGGAACCAUGCCGGCGGGUAUGGUUUAUUUGUCAAGUCAUUUUCCAGUUCUUGGGGUGAAACAUGAGGUUACGUUGAAGAUGGGAGCGCGCUUAACCACCACCGAUGGCACUAUACCGAACGCUAAACAUUCAGCCUCUGGCAACUCACUCCGGGACAUUGAAAAUGAGAGGCACAGUAAACCUAACGAACAGACGAGCAUCCCAAGGCAAUCCGGCAUCUCAUUUGUGAAUUGCAGUCACGAUGAGAAACAAAGGACAAGGAAGGAAGGUUUCUGA